UUUUAGGGUUAGGUUAGGGUAAGACAAAUUUACCAAUUAGUUUAAAUCAAGCUCAUUUUUCUAUUAUAAAUCUCUUCAAGAGUGAAUAUGAAUGGUGGAGUAAUCAAUGAGAGAGGAAAUCAAGGAGUGGAAGAAAUAAAUAAACAAUUGAGGAACUUUAAUCCCAACAGCAACAACAUUACUAACAACAACAACAACUAUGGCAAGAAUAACAUCAAUGAUGGAAACAAUCUUCAGCAUAAGAAAUAUAGGGUAGGAGGCCCAACUUCUAGAUCCAGGGCAGGUCGAAAAAGAGGAACACGACAUAAAAAAGAGCAGGAUCAUGAUAAGCAUGACAAGGAUGGAGGGGAACCUGUCCCCAAGGUUGUUCCUACAAAGCAUGCUGUAAUGAUGCUUAAUGAAAUGUUUCCUCCACCUAAUGCUCCUCAGUAUAAGGUGACUUCUCAAACUGGCCCUGCUAACAAUCCAACUUUUUCAAUGGUUUGCAAUGUUUUUAAUCAAUCUUUUUCAGGGGAAGGAAAGUCUAAGAAGGAUGCCAAACUAGCAUGCUCACAGAGUGCAUUAAAUGCUUUGAUUGGGUCAAACUUUGUGCCUUCAGAUGAAUUUGGAUUGUCUCAGAAACCAAGAGAGAUAUCUGAAAUAGAUGAUUGGGUUGAACUGGAGGGAAAGAAUCCUAUAUCAAUCCUUAAUGAGCUUUAUCCUGGGACAGGAUAUACACUUGUAUCAUCCAAUGGACCUAGCCAUCUUCCUGACUAUGUAGUUAAAGCAACCCUUGGCUCUGUGUCAGUUGAAGGUAGAGGGAAGAGCAAAAAAGAUGCCAAACUUCAUGCAAGCAAAGCACUUUUAGUCCAUCUCCACCAGGUUGAGUUUGAUCCAGUUACAGGUGGCUUACUACCAGGAAGUGUGAAGACAGGAGCUGAAAAGUCUGAGCUUAGAGAAAGUCACUCUAAAGCUGAUGAGAUUGGUCGUCUUGUAAACUCCAAAUUUAACUCAGUCUUUCAUCAAACAACAUAUGCUAAGCGGAAAGUUUUAGCUGGAAUUGUAAUGGACAGGGAAGGAGAAAUGAGUGUUGUUUGUGUAAGCACUGGAACCAAGUGUAUCAAUGGAGAUUAUCUCUCGCGGUCUGGAUCAUGUCUUAAUGAUUCUCAUGCAGAAAUUAUUGCCAGAAGAAGUUUCUUGGUAUUUCUGUACUCUGAGCUGAUGAAGGCUGGUUCUCCUGGAGAGAAUAGUAUUUUCUAUCCUGCAACAGUUAAAGAUGUUGGGUUAGAAUUGAAGCCUGGAAUUCGGUUCCAUUUAUUCAUCUCAACUGCUCCUUGUGGAGACUCCAGGAUCUUCUCCCUUCAUGAAGAAGCUUCUGAGGAUAUAAAUCUAUUGACCGGUCCUACAGGAGAUUGUGGAGAUGGAUCGAGAGGAAAACUAAGAUGCAAGAUUGAGAGUGGUAUGGGGACAAUUUCUCUGCCAGAUAAUUCAACCAUGGUUCAAACUUGGGAUGGAGUCUCUCUAGGAGAAAAGCUUCUCACCAUGUCAUGCAGUGAUAAAAUUCUCAGAUGGAAUAUAUUGGGGUGCCAGGGAUCUCUGCUUUCACACUUUAUCCCACCUAUUUACUUCUCUUCUAUAACUAUUGGUUCAAGAUUUCAUCCUGGACACAUGGCUCGGGCAUUUUAUGAUCGGUUUGAUGGUAAUGACAUUCUUCCUUCAGGAUACAGGAUUAAUAAACCUCAAAUACUAGCCACAACUAGCCCUGAGUCCAGACAAGUAUGGAAGGCUAGUGAUGUGAGUGUAAAUUGGAUUACUGGUUUAGGUCCUGAAAUGCUGAAUGGAUCUACAGGGCAAACAGUGAAUGGUCAACCAUCCCGUUUAUGCAAGCUUUCUUUGUCCAAGCGCUUCCGACAGCUUUUAGAGGAAGAAGAUGUCACAACCAGAACAUUUAUGAAUAAGGAUAUCAUGAAUAAAUUAGCAUACUCCAAGCUGAAGGCAAUGUCUCUUGACUACCAGGCUGUUAAGAGUUAUAUGGUGGCUAAGCUGAAAUCUGCUGGAGCAGGGAAUUGGGUGAAGAAGCCAGUAGAGCAGGAUCUUUUUUUCAUAUAGGAAGGUCCCAGAAUAUCAACAUUUAAAAAUAUACCAAGGCUUCACUUAACUCAGAUGUGUUGCUCUGUUGCUAUUUUGAAACCUACCCAUGUAAUACCUCAAACUGUUUUAUACCCACUAUCGCCGUGUAUCUAUAUAAACAAUUCGUAUAUGUGUCAAUAUUCUUUUAUAUGUAAUUCAAUCGUUCCAUUUUUGGAUUUUAUAUCAAUACUCGUAUAUCCUCGUAUUUCUUAUUUUUGCCAUGAGAUGUUUAUUGUUGAGAUAUUGAAUAUUUCACACACAUCCACUAUGCAUCUUGUGAAGUUGUGCUGCUGGAAAAAAAUGUAUUUCAAUUUGGUUUUCUUUGUUUUGCAUUUCCUAGCACAAUAAUUAAUUUAUAAUAAUUUUGAAAGCAAACCAAUUCUAUACACUGUUCUUUCUACGAUCUACAUAAUGUGCUGCAUCUUGUGCCAAGUUAGAAGGAUCUGAUUGGAAGAUUGGAAUUUGUGAAGUAACAUUUUUCUCAGAGUUUUUUAUCCGUUGAAAUAUCUCCCUUUUAUAUGAUAUUUCUGUAUUUACUUUAUUUAUUUUCAGA